AUGUUGUCGCAUCAAGAGCUCAGUCUGGCUGCAAUCGCGUUAUUGACCAUUUCUACAAUCGGUCAGGCCACGCCCACUUUCAGGGUGGUGAACGGUACGGACUCCAGUGUAGAACGAUAUCCCUUUGUGGUUUCCCUGCGGAGCUACGAUGGAUCCCAUUCCUGCGGUGGCACAAUUGUGUCGCAGCAGUUUGUGAUGACCGCCGCUCAUUGCACCAAAGGACGUUCUGCAGAGUCGCUAUCGAUUCAGUUUGGAGUGACCCACAUUAAUGUCACCGGUCCGAAUGUGGUGGGCAUAAGGAGAAUCAUCCAGCACAUAGACUUCGAUCCCACACGCCAAAAUGCUAAUGAUAUUGCACUGCUGAUGGUGGAGGAACCCUUCGAGUUUGAUGGAGUCACAGUGGCUCCUGUGGCACUGCCUCCUCUGGCCUUUGCCGUUCCCCAAUCGGAUGUCGGGGCUGAGGGCGUGCUCCUGGGAUGGGGUCUUAAUGAGACCUAUGGAAGUGUCCAGGACACCCUGCAGGAGGUGUCCUUGAAGAUUUACUCCGACGAGGCGUGCACUGCCCUCCAUGGGGGCAAAACUGAUCCCCAAUAUCACAUCUGUGGGGGCGUGGACGAGGGCGGCAAGGGCCAGUGCAGCGGGGAUUCCGGUGGUCCCCUCAUCUACAAUGGCCAGCAGGUGGGCAUUGUUUCCUGGAGCGUUAAACCCUGCACUGUGGCCCCUUAUCCGGGAGUCUACUGUAAGGUUAGCCAGUACGUUGACUGGAUCAAACAAAGUCAAAUCAUAUUUGCUUCUUAG